GAAUUGUAGUGAAGAAAAGAGAUGAUACAGAAGAAGAGAGAGAAAGGAGAGAUAGUAUGGGUAAGAGUCUCACUCUCUCAAACAUGCUGGCCGGCUCUUGUUCUCCGUACUUUCCACGAUUCCGUCCUCGUUUCCUUCUUCUCCCUCCCUCAAUUCCCUCCUCCCCGUUACGUCCUCGAUUCCCUUCUCCUUUCCUUCCCCGACAACUUCCGCUCCCUCGCGCCCUCCGCUCCCCACGAGCUCCUCCACCGCGCGUUGCGGCUCUACGGUCUGAAGAUCCUCUCUUCGCUCACGUGCCCUUGUCAAGGCAAAACCACACCGCGACGCCGUUUCGAGAACAAUGCUGAUGCUGCGGCUGCGACUGCGAAAACGGCGCCGUUUAAGAAGGCCGAGGAUGUGUUGGGGUUUGUGUUCAGCGCCGCCGUGUCGCCGUGGGUUGAGAAAGCUGAGUUCGUUGAAGCGGUUGAAGCGAUGGCUUUCGUUCACGCUUUUCGCGGGUACAAAUCAGCCAAGCUUAGAGGUAACAAGAACAAGAACUCUAUUGCUCAUGAAUCAGAUAUAUUAGAACUGGAAGAUGAGUUUCAGCUACUCUCUCAGGAACUGGAAAAGAAUUUGGAAGCUGGUGUGACAAAUGGAAUGAGCUCAAAAGUUCCUUUUCUGACAGAAUCGUUUAAUCCGCUGCAUAAGCACCAACUUUCACAUACUCAACUUAAGCAAAGCAAGGAGCAAUCAGUUAAGGAGGUGCUAGUAAACUUGCAUUGUCUUGCUCUAGAUCCAUUUUAUCUAGUUGGGAAAUGCUUGAAUACUGUGGAGCAUAACGUUUUGAGGUUCAGAAGUUUGUCAUUCCAGAACAUUUCUGACUUCUGCUUUAAAAAAUGCAUGCAUCCUAAGAGCCCUGAAGCUCACUUUUCUGAUUCUGGGCAUACAAAGACUGAGUCUGGUGUGAAGGUUGACAGAAAACAAAGUCGUGGAGAAAUUUUUUGCCCCUCUUUAUCUUACAUGGCUGCUCCUGUUAACAGUAUGGGGCCAAAGAGGAAGCUUGAUCAGCCAUCUAAUUCUUAUCUUUCUUUAAAGGUACACAAAACUAUGCAAUUUUCCUCGGAUGCUGAAACUAGCGCAUAUCUGCAGAAAAAUAAAGCUGGACACAAGGAAAACUCUACGUUAUCUGAUCCUUCUUUCAAGUUGUGCAUGACUAUGCCUUUAUUCUCAUUAAAUGGCAGUGAUUCGUACUUGAGAAGAAAACAUAGUAGUGGUUUCCAAGUGGAACUAAUUAAUUCUGGCUUCCCAUAUUUUCCAGCGAAAUUAAAAAUGCAACACCACUCUUCCACUAAGCCCCAGAGACUGACCUAUUUAUGCGAUAGUAAUUUAAUGGACUCGGUUCAGAAUAAGUUCAACAUCUCCCUUUCAGGAGGAGCAUCUCAUUGUGGUGAAGUUGUUGAAAUUGGCAAGGUUCAGGAGCCUGCAGAAAAUGUUGAUAUUCUAAAUGAUACAAGGGCCUGUAUAUCUAGUGUUGAUUAUAUUUUGGCAGCAAAAAAAUGCCCAUCACAAUCUGAUUUUGCUGCUGAUAAAAUAGAGAUGCUUCCUAGUGAUAUUGAUGGUGCUAUGUCCAUUAGAUCCAACAAAGAAGCCAGCAUCAAUGUAGCAUUUCAAGACAGCUCCAAGGAGAAAAAGCAACUCUAUAAACCAGUUACUUCUGAUUCAUCAUUCAAGCUGCAAAGUGGUCAGUUGGAAGCAUUUGACACAAUUGCUGAUUCUUUGCGUUUGAAAUUUCCCAAGGAUUUUGAGCUGCCAUCCAAGCAGGAGUUGGUUGAGAAAUUUAGUCCAUUUGGCAUAGUAGAUUCCCUGAGGACUAAAAUCUUUUCUUAUAUAAGUGCUGCCAAGGUGGUUUUCUUACGCCCAAUUGAUGCAGUGGCUGCUUACCAAUAUGCUAACAAAGAGAGGGUUUUAUUUGGUGAGGCAAAUAUUAGGGUUUGGCUUGAUCCACCGGGACAAAAGAGAAUAGAAACCGAGUUUUCAGCUCCCCCCCCUUUGUUGACAGGGAAACCGGUGAGUCUAAAAAGAUGUCAACAUGUUACUUCUGAUUCAUCAUUUAAAUCGCAAAGGGAUCAGCAAUUGGAAGCACCUGCCACAACUGCUGCAUCUACAUCUUUGCAUAUGAAGUUUCCCAAGGAUUUUAAGCUGCCAUCAAAGCAGGAGUUGGUAAAAAAAUUUAGUCGAUUUGGCACAGUAGAUUCCUCCAGGACAAAAGUAUUUUCUUGUACAGGAGUUGCCCAGGUGGUUUUCUUACACCCAACUGAUGCAGUGGCUGCUUACCAAUAUGCUAAGAAGAAGAGGGUUGUGUUUGGUGAAGCAAAUGUCCGGUUUUGGCUCGACCCACUGGAUCACAAGAGAAGAGGAACCAAAUUUUCUGCUCCCCCGCCUUUGUUGACAGGGAAACUGGUGAAUCUAAAAAGACAUCAACAUUUUACUUCUGAUUCAUCAUAUAAGUCGCAAAGGGGUCAGCAAUUGGAAGAACUCGCCACAACUGCUGCUUCUACAUCUUUGCAUAUAAAGUUUCCCAAGGAUUUUAAGUUGCCAUCAAUGCAGGAGGUGGUAAAGAAAUUUAGUCGAUUUGGCACAGUAGAUUCCUUCAGGACAAAUGUCUCUUCAUAUACAGGAGCUGCCCAGGUGGUUUUCUUACACCCAACUGAUGCAGUGGCUGCUUACAAAUAUGCUAAGAAAAAGAGGGUUAUGUUUGGUGAGGCAAAUGUCCGGUUUUGGCUUGACCCACUGGACCACAAGAGAAGAGGAACCAAGUUUUCAGUAUCCUCGCCUUCGUUGACUGAGACACAAAUGCAUCUGAAAUCAUGUCUCAAAAAAUCCAGCCCCCUUGAGUGUAGAGACAAGAAAAAAACUCACAAGGUGAGAUUUUUAAUGGAGACAUAGAUCAUUUCAUUUUGAUCUUCUACCAAUGACAACUCUGCUUCUUUUCUCCCUUCUGUUUUUGGCUAAAGGGGAAAUCUACAAUGUCAUGUCCUAAUGUGCUUGCACUAGGAAUGAUUCCCAAUUUUGUGAAAAUGUUCAUAUAUUUUUGGAGAUGCUAUCUUUUGGUUAGUAACCUAGUAAAUGAAUUUAGCUGAUAGUCGCUAGUCA